AUGUUGUCCGCUCUAGCACUCGCUUCCUGGUUCCUGCCGGCUUCAAUCGCGGUGCCCUCCCCUAGAAGCCCCGACUGCGAGUCUCUCGCGGAACAGGUAAAGGCCUCUGUGCCAGAGUUGACCUUGGUUAGCUCCGCUCUAGUACCUGCGAAUAGCCUUAACAUCUCUUCGGUCUUCAACUCCGCGUCGUUCUGUCGGUUCAAUGGCACCGUUCCGUACCCAGAGAACAACACGGUUCUCUUUGAGGUUUGGUUGCCGGAGAGCGGAUCCUACAACGGCAGAUUCCUAGCCGUCGGCAACGGAGGAUUGGCUGGCACGAUUGACUAUGCGGCAAUGGUAGAGAAUCUCAACAAGGGAUUUGCCACAGCGGGAGGCGACAGCGGACACCGCGCUGCCGACAAUAACGGUGGUGAUGCCUACCCCGGAGGGAUUUACCUCCCAUUCCUGCAUGAUCGAAACCAGGUUCUCGCAUGGAUUAGAAACUCCAUUGCGCUCUUCACUACUCCAGCAAAGCAGAUCGCCAGUCUGUACUACGCGGAGCCCCCGUCGCAUGCCUAUUACAAGGGCUGCUCGACUGGAGGCGCUCAAGGCUUUGCCCUGGCGGAGUAUCAACCUGAGUUAUUCGACGGAAUCGUUGCUGGGUGCCCUGGAAACUGGUACUCUCACCUUGCUCUCUCAUUCUUGUGGAACCAGCAGGUGUCUCUGGACUCGGCUUUCAUUCCCCAGGAAACGCUCACCUUCAUCCGCGACUCUAUCCUGGACCAGUGCGACACCCUGGACGGCGUCGCCGAUCGCGUCAUCGAGAACCCUCUAGCCUGCUCCUUCGACCUCUCCACGCUCGCCUGCACCUCAUCCUCAACCAACACAUCAACUUGCCUCACACCCGCUCAGAUUACCGCAGCCCAGCAAAUCUACGCUGGCCCGCGCCAUUCCCAGACCAACGCCAGCCUGUAUCCCGGCUUCGACCUAGGCAGCGAGUCGGAGUGGAUCAGUCAAGAAGGCCGUCUGUCCCUCUCCUUCUCGCUUCCUCUUCUGCAGAACAUGGUCUUCGAUGAUCUCAGCUAUAACGGUAGCACAUUCGACUGGGCUAACGAUGUUCAAGCGCUGGAUGAGAAGGUUGGAAGCUUGAUCGACUCGAUCAGCACCAACUUGACCGCGUUCAAGGGGCACGGGGGCAAGUUGAUUGUAACCCAGGGUUGGGCUGAUCCGUACAAUGCUGCGACGUGGCCGAUUCAGCAUUUGGAGGAUGUGGAGAAGGUCACUGGCGAUCGGAAAGAUUGGGCUUCGUUGUUCAUGGUUCCUGGAGGCGGUCACUGUGGCGGUGCUUCGUCGUAUCCUCAAGUUCCCAGCAAGCAGAGUUCGCUCGAGGCGCUGGUUGAAUGGGUGGAGAAGGGGGCAGCACCGACUGAGUUGCUUGGAAGCGAGCCGGCAGAUGGAAGCAGCAGGACGAGGAAGCUUUGCCCCUGGCCACAGACGGCAAAGUUGGUUGGAACAAAGGCUGAUGACUCGGGGUCAUACGUCUGUUCAUGA